CCAGUUUGUGAAGGAGCCCGACAGACACAUUACUGCUGAGAUGGAGAAGGUGGUAGACAUCCCAUGCCAAGCUCGCGGUGUUCCUCAGCCAGAUAUAGUGUGGUAUAAGGAUGCUGUACCCAUAAGCCCCGCGAAGACACCUCGUUACAGAGUCCUGGUGGGCGGCAGUCUGCAGAUAAAUGGGCUGCUCCCGGACGACACCGGAAUGUUCCAGUGCUUCGCUCGCAACUUAGCGGGAGAGAUCCAGACGAACACGUACCUUGCUGUCACCAGUACGUCAAAGCACCAUCUGGGCCUCUUUUACUUUAAGAAAGAAGGAAAGAUUAGGAAGGGUGAUUAUUCCAAGUUUAAGAGUGAGAGAUG